AUGGCAUCCGACAAUAAAUCUCAGGAUGCAUUUGAAGCAGAGUUAAGGAUGGCUUUACGUUUAGUUCAUGAUGAUGAUACUCAAGUAAGAAACUGUUCUACACUAUUUAGGAAAAAGCCAUCCAGGAUUGAAGAUUGUUGUAAAUUAUGGUUAAAUUUCUUUCAAAACUCUCCUAAAGUUAAAGGAAUAAAAAGUGAUGAUGGUGAAAAAGCAAUGGAUAAAGUUAGAAAACAUCGUUUGGGAUUGCUUUAUGUAUUUAAUGACACAGUACAACGAAUUAGAAGUGAACUUCCUAGUUGUUUAGAAUCUUAUAAACAAGCAUUUUAUAAUAAAGUUGUAGAGGCUUGUGAAAUUCAAAGUAAAGAUAAAGAUGAUUCUAUAAUUAGACGAUGGGAGAGAACAUUUAAAAUUUUAGGGGAAAGGAAGUGUUUUUCACCCCAAGAGAUUGAAAAUUUUAUUGGAGCACUUCAUGGAAAAAAUGUAAAUAAUAUUUUAGAGAAUGACAAAGAAGAAGAGAUAACAUACUUAAAUUUUGAUGACGAAGUGAGAGUAAUUUCAGAUAUUAUCCAUCUAGCAGGAGAUUACAAUAAUGUUGGGAUGGAUGAAAUUUAUGAUGAGGAAGAUAAAACACGAAGACUACGAGAAUGUAAAAUAAGGAAACAAUGUCUUACAAGGUGUCUAGAACUAUUUAAUUAUUUUAAUAAAUUUUCAACUAAACAAGAUAAACAACGUAACAAUUUAAUGCGCGAAAAAGUUGUCGAACUUUUAGCUAAAUAUAAUGAAUUUCAAGAAAAAUUAUUUCUAUUUGGUACUCCUGUACCUUUAAUUUCUACUCAAUGUUCAGAUACUAGUAGUAACUUUGAUAGUGGACAACAAAAUGUUCAAUUAUUUAACGAUAAAGAUGAAGUUCAAAAUAUUAUUAACGAUACAAUUAAGUACAACGACAAUGAUAAAUUUUCAUAUAAAGAUAAUAAAGAAUUUAGAAGAAGUUCAAGUAAGGAUAAAGUUCACAAAGACAACUCAAGAAAUGGCCGAGGAGAUUACCGUGAUAGAAGAAAGGACUAUGACAAUGGUCAUCGAUAUUACCAUGAUUCUAAACCAAAAAGUUACAAUACUGGACCACCGUACAAUAAUUACCAUAGAAGAUCAAAUGAUAAAUAUUCUUUUGGUAGACGGCGAGAUGAUCAUUAUUCACGUCCUGGUGGUCAUAAAGAUAGAGGAAGUUGCCGUGAACGUAGUCCAAGACGGCACAACAAUUGGAGAAGUCAAGAAAGAAGGCGUUCAUUAUCUCGUUCACCUACUCGACGCUCAAAUUUUUAUAAUUCAAACAAACAACGUUACGACUGA